CAUCCCCGUGCGGGCAUGAGCUCCAGCGGCCACACCUCGCUGCCGCUCCUUCUAGGGCUGCUGCUGUUGGUGCUGCAGGUCAACAUCGUCAACAGCUUCCAACAAGGAAAUGAUGACCUUACUAAUCAAACAAAGGGAGAGAGCCACCGGCCUCUACAGCGAUCCAAGAGAAGAUGGGUUCUCACCACCUUCGAGCUGGAGGAGGAAGACCCAGGACCCUUUCCCAAACUUGUUGGUGAGCUGUUCAAUGAUAUGUCUAAUAACAUGUCGUUGAUGUAUUUAAUCAGUGGACCUGGUGUGGAUGAAUAUCCAGAGAUUGGUUUGUUUUCUCUAGAAGAACAUGAGAAUGGAAAAAUAUAUGUUCACCGCCCUGUGGAUCGAGAGACCACACCAUCUUUUAUGGUUUAUUUUGAUGUGAUGAAUCGCCUAACAGGAAAAAUUGUGGACAAAUCCUUGAUUUUCAACGUUAGGAUCAGUGAUGUGAAUGACCAUGCACCCCAGUUCCCUGAGGAGGAAUUUGACGUCAGUGUGAGAGAGGACCACGCUGCAGGUCAACCUAUUUUUCAGAUGUUAACAGUUGAUUUGGAUCAAGAAAAUACUCCAAAUUCUCAAGUCCUUUAUUUCCUUGUUUCUCAAAUGCCGAUACUGAAAGAAAGUGGCUUCCGGAUUGACCGUAUUAGUGGAGAAAUACGACUCUCAGGAUGCUUAGAUUAUGAGACUGCUCCUCGGUUUACACUACUGAUUGGAGCGAGGGAUUGCGGAGAACCACCGUUGUCAUCCACGGCCACGGUGCAUGUCAACGUGCAAGAUGGCAACAACCACAUGCCCACAUUUGCUCAGGAGAACUAUGAGAUUCAGAUUUCUGAAGGCCAAGUCGGCCAGAGCUUGCUGCGUCUCCUGGUCCGAGAUGAUGAUACGCCGCUUACGUCAGCUUGGAGAGCAAAGUUCAACAUAUCGAAUGGCAAUGAAGAGGGACAUUUUGACAUUUUGACUGACCCUGAGACCAAUGAAGGGAUUUUAAAUGUCAUCAAGCCUUUGGAUUAUGAAACCCACCCAGCGCAAAGCCUUGUCGUUGCCGUGGAAAAUGAAGAGCUGCUCUUCUCCUGCGAGGGGGGCAAGCUUCAGAAGCCAAGGAAGGCAGCGGCAAGCGCCACCGUGAGUGUGCUGGUGACGGAUGCCAACGAUCCGCCGGCCUUUCACCCCAGGAGCUUCAUCGUCAGUGAAGUUGAUGGCGCCAGGCCUGGAAUUCAGUUGGGAAUAUUUAAUGCUGUGGAUCCAGACAGAACUGCCAGCCAGAUAAGAUAUAAACUGGUUCAUGAUCCGGCAAAUUGGGUCACCGUAGAUGAGCGCUCAGGAGCAGUUAUCACCAGAGAGCAAAUUGACCGAGAAUCUCCUUAUGUAAAUGAUAGCUUUUACGUAAUCAUCGUUCAUGCUGUUGAUGAUGGCCUCCCGCCGCAGACUGGGACGGGGACCCUGACGCUCUUCCUGUCUGACGUCAAUGACAACGCCCCGACUCUCCAUCCCCGUUCCCGGUACGUGGAGGUCUGUGAGUCUGCAGUGAACCAGCCCCUCGUCAUCGAGGCCGAGGAUGGCGACCUGGAGCCCUACUCGGACCCCUUUACCUUUGCAUUGGACGAUGCUGGGGGAAACGUAGAAGACACAUGGAAACUGGGGGAAAAUAGAGGUCGGUCAGCUGAACUUUUAAUGUUGAGAAGCCUCCCACGAGGUAACUACUCAGUGCCGCUUUUCAUCGGAGACAAACAGGGACUUUCCCAGAAGCAGACUGUCCAUGUGAGGGUCUGUUCCUGUCACAGUGGAGUCACAUGUGCGGAGCGCUCAGUUGCAGGAGCUGGGCUUCUCCUGGGGCCCCUCGCCCCUCUCUGUGCAGUGUUCAUGGCUCUGGCAGUGGCUCUGCUUUUCCUGCUGCGAUGCUAUUUUGUGUCUGAAGCAGAGAGGCACAGAUGCUCUAUCCCAUCUGAGGACGGCCACCAGACCUUGAUCACGUAUAACGAUGAGAGCAAAGCCAUUUCUCCCCAGGGAACGUCAGAUGUAGGGGAUCAGAUGACAGCCCCGUCGAUCAACACAACCGAGGCAGGCGCCACGCUGGGUGCUAAGGUAUCCCUGGAUCCCAUGGUGCCCAGACGACCCCUGGAAGUGAGGGCAGGAACGAUGGCAGAGACCCUGAGUCAGAAGCUCUGUGGUGUUGACGUACUGGAAGAUGAUACUGGCUACCCGCCUCUCAUCUACGCUGAGGAGGGAGAGUGUGAAAUAGCCGAAACCCUCAGUUCUCUGACCUUCUCGGAACAGGAGCUGCCGUCUGACUUGCUGGACUCUUUGGGUUCAAAGGCUGCUCCCCUUCAAGAAAUAUAUUCCAAGUCAGGUGUUCCUUCCUAAGAAAUGCAUAUUUUGGAGAAGUGGACUAAUUCAUGGAGGGGAAUCACUAUUCAAGGGCUUUGUUUUUUUUUUCCUUUUUUAAAGA